CAACAAACACUAAUACAAACACCUCGUUCUUCCAAGUAUAUAGUAGUUUGUGUUGGAUCAUGUCUAGGGUUAUCGAAACUCUUAGGGUCGGUAGAGUUAUCGGAGAAGUGGUUGAUAUCUUCAACCCGACCGUGAAAAUGACAGUAACUUACUACUCGAACAAGCAGGUCUCCAAUGGCCAUGAGUUCAUGCCUGCUGUCAUUGCCUCCAGACCUCGGGUUGAGAUUGGUGGAGAUGACAUGAGAGCUGCUUAUACAUUAAUUAUGACAGACCCUGAUGCUCCAAGCCCCAGUGAUCCUUACUUGAAGGAACAUUUGCACUGGAUGGUCGUUGACAUCCCCGGUACCACAGACGCGUCCUUCGGAAAGGAGGUUGUUGGGUACGAGACACCAAAACCGGUGAUGGGCAUUCACAGAUACGUGUUCAUACUGUUCAAGCAAAGAGGAAGACAGACGGUGAGGCCUCCGGCUUCAAGAGAUCACUUCACCACGAGGAGGUUCUCGGAAGAGAACGGACUGGGGUUGCCAGUUGCCGCUGUGUACUUCAAUGCGCAAAGAGAGACUGCCGCAAGAAGAAGAUAAAAGAGUAAGAACGAAAAUAAUUUACUUAAUCAAAUAAUAUUAUAAAGAUUGUAAAUUUCUCAGGUGGAUGUCGAUUUAGGAUUGAGUUGAAGCUCUGUUUUAAGUACUACGUGUUGUGUCAUGUAUUUGAAGGUGGAGUUACUGCUUUUUGUUAGAACUAGGUUUGUGGGGUCCCAUCUUUAUGUUUGUUUGGGGUUUCUUUAAGGAGGCUCUGAUGUUGAUGUGAUUACAUGUAGGAUGUAUAUUUGUGACAUGCUUCUUUACCAUAGUCUAUUGUAUGGUUCACCAUUCGGAAUAUAGACCAAAAUCGUGG